AUGCAAAGGAGGAUUGUUCAAACAUCUACCCGUGGUAUCAAGUCCAUGUGGGGCCACAACACACCAACGAACACAAAAGUGUUGACUAACAACCAGAAAACUCUCACCCAAGCUUCUCUCACUCGAGCAAAGGACGACUUCAUCAAGGGAACCAAGAAAUCGAAGACUCUUGCUUACCCAGAAGAUGCCCUCAUCACCCACCACGCCGCUGCCAAGGCCGUCUCUGGAAUCACUGAAGAAACUGAAGGCCGACUUGUCACCAUUUCCCAAACCACUCGAAACGUCAUGCAAUCUGCCGAUAAAAAUGCUCAGUACUGGCAAAUUGAAUUCGAUACCCAGGAAAGAUGGGAAAAUCCAACGAUGGGCUGGGGCUCUACCGCCGAUCCUCUUUCCAACGUCCACGGCUGGAUGCAUUUCAAAACUAAGGAAGCCGCUAUCGACUUUGCUCACCGACAAGGCUGGGAGAUCGAUCAAGUCGUCGAGCCAAGAAAGAAAAAGCUAGAAUUCCGAGAAUAUGGCGAUAACUUCGCCUGGAACAAGCGACUCCGAAAGCCCGCAAAAUAA